UAUUCGGGCAGGAGAACAGAUAACCAUGUCUAAGCCAAUAGUCAACGGUGUGAAUGGGGACCAUUAUCAAGAAUUCCACCAGCAUUAUGCAGAAGAAUGCAGCCAAGAUGACGUUGGGACAUUUCUGUUUACGUCAGAAUCGGUCGGGGAAGGACAUCCAGACAAAAUGUGUGACCAGAUAAGUGAUGCUAUCUUGGAUGCCCACUUGAAACAAGACCCAAAUGCAAAGGUUGCCUGUGAGACUGUGGUAAAGACAGGAAUGGUGUUAGUGUGUGGUGAAAUUACUUCCAAAGCUGUAGUAGACUAUCAGAAAGUAAUCCGCGACACGGUCAAACAAAUUGGCUACGAUGAUUCACGCAAAGGCUUUGACUACAAAACGUGCAAUGUCUUGAUGGCAAUUGAGCAGCAGAGUCCAGAAAUAGCUCAGGGAGUCCAUGUUGGUAGAAAAGAUGAGGAGAUUGGAGCUGGAGACCAGGGUCUGAUGUUUGGAUACGCUACUGAUGAGACGGAAGAGUGCAUGCCCCUGACAGUUGUACUUGCACACAAACUCAACGCUAAACUGUCACAACUUCGCCGAAACGGUGGCCUCCCAUGGGCCCGUCCAGAUACUAAAACCCAGGUAACUGUGGAAUACAAGUUUGAAAGGGGAGCCUGCAUUCCUAUACGUGUCCACACCAUUGUAAUCUCUGUCCAGCAUGAUGAGGAAAUAACGAUGGAAGAGGUGCGCGAAGACUUGAUGGAGAAGGUGGUGCGCACAGUUGUGCCAGACAGAUAUCUAGACUCUCGCACCAUCUAUCAUCUCCAACCUUCUGGCAGUUUCGUUAUUGGAGGACCUCAGGGAGAUGCUGGUCUGACAGGCAGGAAGAUUAUUGUGGACACUUAUGGAGGGUGGGGCGCCCAUGGGGGUGGAGCAUUCUCAGGAAAAGACUUCUCCAAAGUGGAUCGCUCUGCAGCCUAUGCUGCUAGAUGGGUAGCCAAAUCUCUAGUAAAGGCUGGACUCUGCAGACGAGUGAUGGUUCAAAUAUCGUACGCUAUUGGAAUCGCAGAGCCGUUGUCUAUCACUGUGUUCAGUUACGGAACCUCCAAGAAAUCUGAGAAAGAACUUCUGCAAAUUGUGAAGAACAAUUUUGACCUACGUCCAGGAAAAAUUGUGGCAGACUUAGACUUACGACGACCUUUCUACCAGCGUACAGCUUCAUAUGGACACUUCGGUCGCCCUGAAUUUUCCUGGGAAGUGGCCAAAGAAUUAAAACUUUAAUCGGACUCCAGUAUUAACUGAGUGGAUUAACUUGAUCCAAGACCAGAUACCUUAUGGAAUCAAUUUUAUGUUUAUCUUAAUGAACUUUGAAAUUUUUAUUAUAGAUCAUGAUGUGGAAAGAGUUUAUUAACUGUUUAAAGACGAUACUCGCUUUCCCAGUGGGCCACAGUAGAUGCAAGGGCAGUGCGACAUUGAUGGUAGGCUCCUCAGAUAGUUGAUUUGUCUGUGGACAGGGGGCCGUAACUGAAAAGUUAUUUCCCCUUACUGCUUAUCCGUCUUGCUCUGCUCUUUCUCGCUACUGCAAAUGUGCAUUUUCUGCAGGGUUUUUGUAUGCACAUUUGUCUUGUGUUUAUGGAAAUUUAUUGGAAAAGAGCACUAUUUAUAAACACUCGGGCUCGCUGACUUUGAGUAAGAUGAUAUAACUUUAUGUAAUGUGAUGUAAGGUACAUUCACCAUGCCCAAUAUCCAUCAGCAUUUGUUGUUUUAAGCUUGCGAGUUGUAUAUAAGUAUAUAUAUGUGAACGUUAUGUAUAUAUGAAUAUAUAUUUUUGUCAUAUUAGAGUAUGAAGGUAUGUAUAGUCAAGGUUUUGACACCUUGUAUUCAUUAUUACUGGCUAGCUUUAUGUCAUAGCUGAAAGCUUUCAUUUGGAUAAUUUCAGGUGUUCAUCUAUAGAUUUGUGGAAAUUUGACUUGGUAAAGUUACUGGAGAGUUCGUGUAUAAAAUGUCCUUGGACAAUUUUGCCAGUGCAGUCUCUUUUUGUAUUGUAUUUUAACGUUUUGAUCAUGGUCAUCAAAGCAACGUGGCUCAAUUUAUGAUGUACUCUAAAUGUGGAAUUUGUGAUUUUUUUUUUCUUUGUUUUAAACUUCACUUGGGCUGACUGGCUAUUCUGUCUGCUUAAUUUUUAAUUUUGUACAUGAAGGCUUAUGGAAAAACACCUGGGACUUGUUUAAUCCAUAUACCUUUGUUUUGGGUGCAUUACAUAAGAUGAAUAAAAGAAAAAAUCAUGAUCUGG